UCGACCCAGCACUGCCAGCGACUUGGGUCCACAGUUUCUGGUUCGAGAUUCGAGAAUAAAAAUUCCCGCUCAUCUGUGUGUAUCCGUUUUGUUUGUUCAGAGAGAGAGAGAGACGCAGUGAAAUGUCUUCAGAUCCCAUGGACGAUGUUGAUCGCCUGUUCGAGUGCUUCAAAUGUGGCGUCUCACCUCCUCAGUCAGCAGUGAGAGAAAGAAGGGCUCACCAAGACAAACUAAAGAAGGCAAGUUCAAGACAAGAUGUCUCUGCACUUUCUAGCUUUGCAUCUCCCAGUUCAGCUAGACAAAAACCGCAGAAAACAGCAGAUCUGCUCUGCAUGGAGAACCCUGGUACAACAAUGGCUAAAGCAAUUGCAUUUAGCAGUGGAAAGCAGCUAUCUCCAGUCAUCUUUUAUGGAUCUCCGUAUGGUGUGCCAGCAAAAAGACCAUACCGUUUGUUGAAAUUGUUAAAUGAAAUCCGUGAAGAUCUCACAACUCAAAAUAGCUUGCAAUCAAGGGAGGAUGUUUGGGCUACAUUCCCCAGGCAAGAUGAGGCCAUAAAAUUUGCAAAGGGCCAUGCCUAUGCUCAUGUUUUCAGCUAUCAAGAUCAUCUGAAUGGACAAAGAAGGUUUCUUGUCUCAACAUAUGCUGAGUUUUGGAGAAGGUACAAAAAUAUGGAUCCCAAAUUUCGCCAUCAUUAUGAAGUGAUUCAAGAGGGUCUACCAUGUCAUUUGUAUUUUGACUUGGAGUUUAAUAAGAGAGCAAAUGAUGGAAAAAAUGGAGAUGAAAUGGUUGAUCUCUUGAUUUCAAUCAUUUUAGAUGCCUUAUUUGACAAAUAUUCUAUACAAGGGAACCAAGAGUGGAUUAUAGAACUUGAUUCAUCUACUGAAGAAAAAUUUUCGCGUCAUUUGAUCAUUCGCAUACCAAAAACUGCCUUCAAGGACAACUUACAUGCCGGUGCAUUUGUUGCUGAGAUAUGCUCACGGAUUUGUAGUGCAAGGGAGAGUGAUCGAAGACUUGAUAAACUUUUUAUCUCAAAAGAUCCAAGCUCUGAUGAAAUCCCUUGUCAACUUUUUGUUGAUACUGCUGUAUAUUCUCGAAACCGCUGUUUUCGUCUAUUUCUGUCCUCUAAGGCAGGGAAGAAUUCAGUGCUUCUACCCACUGGGCGCUUCAAAUGUAAAAGCAUGAGUGAGGAAGAAAUGUUCAUGGCAUCUCUAAUUUGCAACAUGGAUACUGAUUGCAAGAAGCUCCUUAUUUGCAAGAUGGAAUUUGAUUGUGUGAAGACCCUGUGCUUUGAUUCUGAGGUCAAUGGUAACUUUGGACAACAUUCUGGAUCCUCCAAUGAACUUGCAUGGCAUGCUUGCACAAAGGAUGUUCCAACAACCUACUUCAUGGGAAAAUCACCAUUCCCAACUCUAGAUGCAUUUGUGGAAUCUAUUGCUUCCAUUGGAAAUGUAGCAGGAAGAAUCCGAAGUUGGUAUUGGUUCUCAGAAUAUGGUUUGAUGGUUUAUAGUAUGUCAAAGAACAGAUAUUGUGAACGGAUUGGCAGACAACAUAAAAGCAACCAUGUGAUGUACAUUGUUGACUUAAGAAGGGCUGUAUAUUAUCAGAAAUGUUAUGAUCCUGAUUGCAAAGGAUAUCGAUCUCCCUUGCGUCCAAUCCCUGGAGAUGUUUUUCCUGAUACCAUGGCUGUACUCAAGUCGCUACAGAUGGAGCAUCCUGGAGAGAUGAUAUAUAAUGACCUUCACCAAGGUUAUGAUGAAAAUAAUUUGGAGCUUAGUUCUUAUAGCAAUAAGAACGUUACAGAUAGCUGCAUGAAAGAUGGGUGGUGGCUUGAAGCAAUAAGAAUGGCAGAUGACAUUGAAAGUAUAAGGACACAGGAGCUUGUUGACACGGUUGAUUUGGUGAUCUCACCAGGAUCCAAGGGUCAGUCAGUAUAUAUUGCACUUCUAACAAUGUCAAGUUCGAUGCAUAGAAAUCAUGAAUAUGGUCCAACAUGCAAUGAGGGACUUGAUUAGCUCAACCUAUUGCUCAGGUAUGAACUCGUGUAUAUUAACAGCAAAAUCGACUUGGAUAGCUCAAAAUAUGCCAGAAAGAUCAGGUCUCAUAUCUCAUAUGAGCCAAAGGAUAACUGGUAUUAGUCUUUACAUGAAAGUGGUCCUUCAUUAGCUUCCACGAAGAUAACACAUCAAAAUCUCAUCCUUUACCUAGCUGAAAAAGAAAAGAUGCUGCAAUCAUAAUGCAGGUCUUGAGAAUGUGUAGAUUUAAUCCGAUUCAAAGGUUGAAAUUUUAUCCCCAGACGAUCAGGAAGAAAAUGAGUUGCCCUUGAUUGAAGAGUUUCCAGCUGUGGGACUUCCCAGACCAACAUUUAACUUAGGAAAUCUCCCUGGUCUACGUAUAAACAAACUUAAGGAUGAAAAUGAUGCGGCAGAUUGUAUAGUUAUAUUUAAUAAAAUUUUUUCAUGUAUAUAUAAUUGUGGUGAACAUUCCAUCUAUUUUGUUCCUAUUGAAUUGCGCAAUAUCCUCAUUUAGUUUGGGAUGGAAGGAAAAAACAACGCAAUUGCGCAACUAUUUGGAGAA